UCAGUGCAUGGCAAAGCUGUGUGUGGUGCAGAGGAGGCAGGAGAUCACUGCUGCCCCCCUCACUUCUCCACUGAGCCUCAGGAGAGUGGAGGGAGAAGGAGUGCAUGGGGAGCGCACGGCUGCACAGAGCGUUCUCUCUCCGCGCUGAUUUGGAGACGAAACAGCAAAGACGCAGUUAAACCAUGCGGACUUAGGCCGUUUAGACCGAUUAUUUAUUUUUUGUGAAGCUCUUCCGUGAGUUGCAGUUGCAGUUACAACUGAUCUGAAACCUGCUAUGGAGGACCUCUUGAGUCAAAAUGAGUCUGAUCACUGACAAUGUCACAAACUUGUGGAAAAAUGGUUCCUCGGAACUCGAUGGGACUCUGGGACGCUCCCAGGUCAACUUUACUAACAGCUCCGGUGGGAACCACACGGAGCCCAGCGAGGUGGACCUCACCCGAGCCAUCCCGCUCGGCUUGGUCCUGGGGGCUUUCAUCGUGUUCGCCAUCGCGGGCAACAUCCUCGUCAUCCUCUCGGUGGUGUGCAACAGGCACCUGCGCACCCCGACGAACUACUUCAUCAUCAACCUGGCCAUCGCCGACCUGCUGCUGAGCACCACGGUGCUGCCGGUGUCCGCCACCCUGGAGAUCUUAGACUACUGGGUGUUCGGCAGGAUCUUCUGUGACAUCUGGGCGGCGGUGGAUGUGCUGUGCUGCACCGCGUCCAUCAUGAGCCUGUGCGUAAUAUCCAUCGACCGCUACAUCGGAGUGAGCCACCCACUGCAGUACCCGGGCAUUGUGACGGAGAAGCGGGCUCUGCUGGCCAUGCUCGGGGUGUGGGCGCUGUCGGUAGUCAUCUCCAUCGGACCUCUGUUCGGGUGGAAGCAGCCGCCGUCGCCGGACGACACAGUUUGCCCCAUCACCGAGGAGCCGUUUUACGCGCUCUUCUCCUCCCUCGGCUCCUUCUAUAUCCCUCUCGUCGUCAUUCUGGCCAUGUACUGCCGGGUGUACAUAGUCGCCAAACGGACCACUAAGAACCUGGAAGCCGGUGUGAUGCGCGAAAGGAUGAACUCCAGUGAGCUGACCCUCAGGAUCCACAAGGGUUCGCAGGUGCAGGAGGAGUCCGGCAAUUCAGCCACCGGCAAGGGCCGCGCACACCAAGCGAGAAGUUCCCUCACGGUGAAACUUCUGAAAUUCUCCCGGGAGAAGAAAGCCGCAAAAACUUUGGGAGUUGUGGUCGGCAUGUUUACGCUUUGUUGGCUGCCCUUCUUUCUCGCCUUGCCCAUAGGGUCUUUUAAUGUGAACUUGCGCCCGCCUGAUGUCCUCUUCAAAGUGAUCUUCUGGCUCGGCUACUUCAACAGCUGCCUGAACCCCAUCAUCUACCCCUGCUACAAUCGCGAGUUCAAGCUGGCCUUCAUUCGUAUCCUCAGAUGCCAGUGUCACCAGCGUAAGCGUCCUGGCUGGAAGGCCUACAAUUACCGCUCCUCCAACUUCAGCUCCUCUGGACACUCACGCAAAGGCUCAGCGGAUCACAACUCCAGCUGCUUGAACGGCAGCCAGCGUACCCUGCCUUCCUCAGCCAGUCCCAGCCCCAGCUACCUGAGCAAGGGUCUCCCACCUUGCCCCGAAGGGGAGACAUUAUACAUCUGGGGGGCCUCCACCCCAACCCCCUCCACACCCAACCUGCUGCCUGGCAGCCCUGCAGACUGCCAGCAGGGAGCGCAGAGAGGGGAGGUAAGAGGAGGGGCACCAGAUGAGGAGACGACUGGUGGUGUUUUCUCUUUCUCCUUCGGGAAGAAUCGAGGCAGGGGAGGGAUCAACAAAGAAAGCAUCGUGCCUGAUGACAAGGUGUGACUGCUGAGUCCUCCUGGGACUUGUUCAUUCCUUAUCAGGACUAAAGUCACAAACUGAGUGUGGAUGUAGGGUUUUACAGAUUUGCUGCAUUCACUGUACAUGGUCCCAUGAUCAUUCAUCAGUGGACUGUCAUUGUCAUUAGUGGUCAGUUUGAGGUGACGAUAAGAGUAUUGACUAUGCUGCUGUAUCAGACGUAUAUGGUCUAUGUUACUGUAUCUGUGGUUGACAUAGACAGGAAGGUUUCUUUCAAUGAACAGUGAGAUGUUCAAGACAAAAUCACUGUCCGCCGCCCUCUUUGGGACUGGAACACCAGUGCAUGCAUCUUGAUAAAACAAAAAAAUAAUUUAAAGGAAAAAGGACACCUUUUCAGAAAGGAACCAUACCCAACACAGCUUUCCCUUCACUGCCCUUCAGCUCCAAAUCCAUGUCUGCCCUGUAAAAAGACUGAACAUGACAAAGAACCUGACUCAUGUAAAACGUGUGAUAAGACAAAUGAUCACAUAUCUGUUGCAGUCACUUGAUUUCGUCAUGGUAUGUUGUGGAAAUAAAGUAUAACCUGGUUUAUCUGCUGUGCGCACAAUCAUCAGAUAUCAUCUUGUUUGUAUGUUUGAUGUUCAAAAAGUUCUGAAUAUCAAUAUUAAAAAUGUGAUGGAAACAUGAAUAAACAGAAUG